AUGUCUACCAUGGACUGCGGUAUUCCCAAAAUGCCUAGCAAUGCGUGCUUCCCAGCCCCGAUUCCAACUCACAUAAAGAACCAAGAGUCUUACUCGUCUGCGCCGAGCUACGAUGCCAUGGCAAUUCCUGAUCCCAUCCCCUCGCCACGCCGAUGGUCUCCUACAUAUCAGCCCCGAAGGAGGAGCAGACAAUUUCCGACAUUGUCAUUUGUGCCGUCUCCUACACUACCUCGCCAGGAGACUCAUGAUACUUCAACAACAUCCCUCUCCCGGCGACCCGCGAGUAGAGGACCCCCCAUGAUCUCACCUUUCCGUUCCGUUCGCAAGAUGAAGGAACCAUUUCAGUUGAUGCUCCCGACUUCGCCGGCAUCAUGCGACGGUGUGCCUCCAUUUCGUCCAAAAUCAACGAGGGAAUCAAAAUUGCCAGGCGGGCAUACACUGCGAACAUGGCGUUCUGACCAAAAUUUGACGUCAGCUAGCAUGUCAGCCUUUGGCCUUUUACCCAGCCCACCUAUAUCAGAAUCAAGGGCCGGCAGUGCCGAGCCUGAUUCAUCAUACUUUGAGUGCAAGGACGAACUGAAGGAAGUGGACAACAAACAUGAAGAGCUCCAAGUGGAGCCCAAGCUACCUGAGUUGGAAGAGUCGAGUGGGCCCAGUCAAGAAAUGGAAGAUAGCGACGAAGAAAAGAUCAACUACAGGGCAUACCGGCCACCCGGUUGGGAAGAAGAAUCCCGUCAACAACCCCAAGAACAAAGGUGGGCGGAAGUGACCAGUGUGCAUGAAGCGCAUUCGAAUCUCAUCCGGCAUUGCGAAGCCCAUGAGUCAAAAUACACAUCCAAAAGCCACGAUGGGCACUUGAGCCCUAUCAGUUCACCUCUAGCCCCCACCUCCAGUCUUGUUCCAGGCAGCUCCCCGAGACCCCAACGGCCGAGGACCGCCACUGUCUCAAGUGAAGCUAGCUGGAUACCUAGUAACUUGGCAUACUGCGAGACAUGGCUGAAAGGGGUUCCUUUCGAUCCGAUUUCUGGAAAGGAUGAAAACAUCAGAGAAUCCAACCGUCGAAAGGUCCAGAUCGUCGAACAAGAUCCUCCGAUGCCUAAGAUAGAUUUCAUUCCGGGGAUGAAGUCCCUCGACGAACCACUGAGAUUUGCUGUUGCGAGCAAACCCAAGAACAAGCCAAGAUUAGUGGACAUUGCUCGACAGUCUUCUCCAAUGCCACCUCCGCCAUCUUUAUUACCACAUCCUUUGCCGAUGACACCAGAUCAACGGCAAGAGGAAGUAUCUGCUUUUAGUCCUGACACCCCACUUGAUAAUCCGCUGGACAUGUCGGAUAGUGGCUAUGGUACCCGAGAGUCUGGUUACUCUUUGAGCAAUUAUGAAGAUGGCAAAGACGACGAUGUAUACACCGAUCCAGGCUCCUUGACCUCGGACAGUGUCACGUCUACUGUGGUAGGAGAACGGCCUGGCAGCGCGCAGGGAGAGCGCGAAGGUUCACCCCAGCCGGAGAUUCGGUCUGGCAGUGUAAGCCCUGAAGGGACACCGCAACGCCGCCAUUCUCCAAGUCGCAAUUCGACCAACUUUGAAAAAGCUGAAUCAGACGAUGCAACCCCAUGGGAUGAUGCUCGUCACGAAUGGACUGUGGAUGAUCAUCAAUGGACCCUUGACGAGCUUGAACAUUCUGUUAAAGACUUCCCUCGCCAUAUGCUUCGACUGACAUCACCUGCUAUUCUUCAUGUCCGGAAAAGUGACGACAGAGACUUUCUUCGUCCAUUUCGCACAAUAUUUCCAGGAGUCACAGAGAAUCUACUAGAUUGUCUCUGUGCAGCACUCAUUGCCCGAAACUAUCUCCUUUCAUUAUCUACAAUUCACCGCCACAAACCUUCUUUACUGGCGCGGAACGACAUUUACGGCAUCGACGCCAUCCCCACCAAAGCAUACAGCACACUGGGCAUACAGCUCCCAUCUGGAUCUCCGGGCCGCAUCAAGGACCGAGUCCUCUCAUCGCGUAGCAGCGAUCUGCGACGUGAAGUUGAAAGAAUAAUCGAUAAUUUAUUAUUCGCUAUUUGCGGCCGAUCCGAUGAAACACUUAAAUCUGCGAUCGAAGUUCUUGCCCAGGUGCUGGAAGUCAAGGCCCCUUAG